AUGGACCAGGAUCGCUUGCAUCUACGGUGGGAUUACGAAGAGGUUAAAGCUAUUCUCGAUCAAGACCAUACUGAGAUUGACAAGUACAUUUCAUCGGUAAAGGAAAAGCAUUCUGCAGCAAGAUCGGGGUCAGAAGAACGGAGAGAUCUGCUCAGCCAAUACGUCAGGCUUCCCACCCUCUCCCCCAAGGCCCGCCGCGGUUCUGCCUGGGAUUAUGGCCCAGAGGCAAUGAGUGACCGGCCUGGCGAGAUUCUUGUCACCUUCUACACGCAGGACCUGCGGUCAAAUGAUUCCACUGAUGAGGACGACGAGGAGGAGGAUCCUGACGAGGAGAAGUUAAGGGCGUUUGGAAAUGUUGGUGGUAGGUCAUUGGGGGACUAUAUCGAUGAGGAUGAAUUUGAAGACGAUUUUCCGAGGUCUAAGACGGCGCCGACGUAUUUUGCGAUCCCGUUGCAGUAUAUGUGUAAGGUAAAGAGAGGGGAGAGUAAGGAUGAGCCGCCGGUGGGGUUGGUUAUGGAUUUUGAUAAGAUACCGUUGAGGCCGAGGUCGGAAACGUCGGGGAAGUUGAGGAUAAUUGAAUUCCCGACAACUUGCUAUGCUGAAGAAUUUCUGCAAACCAUGAGAAAUAGGACAAUCGAUUACCCACCAAACCCCACUGGCCGCCAAAAGAAGGAGACAAAUGAAAUCCGCAACGCAAUGGCAAAUCUUUCCCUGAAAAAGCUCAUAAACAACCCUAAAGUAGCAAUGAUAAAGCUCCGGAAUGCUUCAAUGUCCCGAUUCCUCGCUGGAGUCUCCUACCAUCCUAACAUGCCCAGAAACAAGAACCCUCCCCGCAAAAAGAGGGGUUCGUUUCUCCCUGGUACUGUGCUUUUUGUCGCUAUUCCAUACCUCGGACUGGAGAAGAUGUCACGUGUGAGCUUUCGGAAGAAAAUACAGGCGUCAAAGCGCCCACUUCUGCCGGGAGAGGAGCAGACGGCUCUUCAUCUUACGGACAACACAGAACUGGCUAGUGUUUCGACUUUGAGUCUGUUUGAGUAUAACUUUCCAAGGAAGCUGAAUACGCCAUUGUUUGAUAAGACGCAGACAAAGAUUGGGGAUAAUUGUAUGGUGGUGCAUCAGGUCUGGUUUAUGGUGUUUGAUAAUGAGACCAUUGCGGCGUUUAGAACUGCGAAUGAUGAUCACCCAGAACACAUACCACUAUCCCCACACCACCAUAGCUUUGGGGCAUAUCAUACUCUCAUUAACAUGAUUGAUAACAUACUACCUUCAUGGGAGCUAUCACUUCUCGACGAUAUCCGUGACGAGAUAUCUGAGCUGGAAUAUUCAAUGCAGAGCGGUAAUGUAGAUGAGCUGGCAGGGUUGAUUGAUAUCUUAUACACUAUGCGGACCGAGUUAUCAACAAUUGUCACGGUUGUAGACCUUCAAGUCACGAUCCUUCGCCGUCUGAAGAAAUUCGACUAUAGCAGCGAGGAAGGGCAAUUCAAGAUUAUGCGCAAGGCAAUCGAUAAGGUCAUCAAAAGCCGGAAGACUUUCCAGACGGAUGUGGAAACGAUGGUGAACAGGUUGAAGUACCUACAGGUCGCAAAGCAAGAUCGUCUUAAAUAUCAAAUGAUGAUAAAUACGGCUCGAAUGCAGGAGAAUACCGGACUUACACUAGAGGAUGUGGCAUGGCAGCAGGCAGUAGUGCAGAAGUUACAGCAGCAGCUGCAGGUUAAACAAGAUGUUCGGAUGACUGUUUUUACAUCUGUAACAGUAGUGUUUCUACCUCUAAGCUUCUUCACAUCGUAUUUCGGUAUGAAUGUUCAAGACAUCCGCGAUACCACCUGGACCCAGCGCCGCUUCUGGGCAGUCUGCGCACCCGUAUCACUCUUCCUCAUCGUAACCGUCCUCCUCGUUGCGCUGCGCACACGAGGCCGCAGCAUGUUCACCCAAACACUAAAGAACAUCGUCAUCACCCGCACCCCGGAACAGCUCCGAAAACGCUUCGGCUGGAAACUCCCCGACCCACCUGAAGAUACAACCGAGGUACCAGCAAUACACCUCCAUCCCGUGCACAUGGAAAAUGGAUUCGAUCCCGUAACCCUAGACCAGCGGCGGAUGUCGAUGGCUGCGCGGAGGCACUCGAGAGUAUGCCCGCUUAGUCCAAACACAAUGAAUUUCGAUAUCGAAAAGAUGUUCCCAGAAAGCCUACCGAGGUCCAUCAAGGAGGAGAAGGACGAAGAGGCGGCAUUGGAGGCGCCGGAAGGAGGCGGGUAUGGGUUGAAGAGAGCGAGGACGUGGUUGACGACCCCGUUCGUGAACCUGGGUGGGGGUGGUAAUGCGAGAAUGGAAAGAGGCGCUACUGGUAGGCAUUGA